AAGAGGGAAUAUGAGCGAGCAUGCGCAAACACGCUACCGACAUUUCUUGCUCAGCGAGCUUCGUGAGCGAAACAUUUGAGGUAAAAUGGAAGCAGAACUCGACAUUGACAAGGAGCAGAUGGAGUCGGAGGUCACCCCCAACCAGGAAGUGAUGGGGAUGCUCCUGUCCCAGGCAUCAGAUGGAGAAGAUGGUCAGCUUCAGAUUCAACCUGAUCCUAUUGGUGAAACACCUCCGGAUGAAGUAGGAGGUGUAGCUGUCGGAGAAGCUGGCGGAAUGGAUACUGUAGGAGUACAUGCAGUGGGAGAAGCAGGUGAAGGAGACGCUGGAGCUCCUGGACAAGUAGGUGAAGUAGUUGUGGGAGUUGCAGGAGAAGUAGGCGGAGCUGGCGAUGCAGGAGAAGAUGAUAAUGAAGAUGGAUCCAUCCUAGAGGGGACCAAGUUGAACCUGAUGGAUGACACCUCUAGUCUUCAGGCGGUACAACUUGCAGACGGCACCACGGCUAUCAUACAACAAAAAGGAAGUGGGGGUAUUUUAGAAGGCCAGGCUGUACAAUUGGAAGAUGGAAGUACAGCAUUUCUUCAUAAUUUGAGUGAGAAGGGAUUUGGAGAAGGUCAAACAGUUCAACUUGAGGAUGGAUCAGCAGCAUACAUCAUAAGAACAAAUGCAAAAGUUGACAAUGAUGGAAUGCAGGCAGUGCAGCUGGAGGACGGCACCACAGCUCUGAUACAGACGAAUGUCACUGACUUUGAUCAGUCACAUAGUGCCUUUUCCUCAGAGGAUCCGAUAGAUGCCCAUUCUUUAAAUGUGCUAGAUCAAUAUGCAGCUCAGAGUUCUGGUGAACAAGCAGGUUCUUUGCAACUAACAACAGGAGGUCAUGAUUUUGCUUCGCGUAUGCAGGUAACGGUAGGUUCUGUGGGAACUACAAUGCCAACCAAAGUUGAAGGGAUGUCGAGCAAAACCUUUCAAUGUCCGCACGAAGGUUGUGGGAGGAUGUACACUGCCUCACAUCAUCUUAAGGUUCAUGAACGUACUCACAGCGGUGUGAAACCCUACCGUUGUGAACACCCCGGCUGUGAGAAGGCAUUUGCAACAGGCUAUGGCCUUAAGAGUCACACUCGCGUUCACACUGGUGAAAAACCGUACCAAUGCGUCCAAGAAGGUUGCAACAAAGCAUUCAAAACGUCGGGAGAUCUGCAGAAACACACAAGAACGCAUACAGGUGAGCGGCCAUUCAAAUGUCCCUUUGAAGGCUGCGACAAAGCUUUUACCACGUCAAACAUCCGCAAAGUUCACAUCCGAACCCACACCGGGGAAAGACCGUACAUCUGUCCGAACGAGGGAUGCGGUAGAGCCUUUGCCAGCGCCACUAAUUACAAGAACCAUAUGAGAAUACAUACAGGAGAAAAGCCUUACGUCUGCACUGUUGUCGGCUGCGGCAAGCGUUUCACAGAGUACUCUAGCCUCUACAAGCACCACGUGGUACACACGCACUCCAAGCCUUACAUGUGUUCGUCAUGCGGGAAGAACUAUCGUCAGAUCUCCACGCUUGCCAUGCACAAGAGACAGGCCCAUGGAGAGGACCCUCUGAUUGAGGGACUGGAAAUAGCCAUCGCACAAGGAGAUCGUCCAGACAUAGUAUCGUUACUAGGAGCGCCUCCGGCCAAGAAGGCCAAAUCAGAAUACCACAUCGGUACUAUGAACUUCCAAUCUCAGGAUAACACCAAUGAGAGCAACUCUCAGGAUCUGUCAGACACUCUCAAUGCAGCAGGAAUGAAUCAAUCAAAGACCAUCAUUCUACGCGAUGCUAACGGACAGACACGUCAAGUGACUAUGGUCUCUGCUCUCAACCGUGAUGCUGCCGUCGCUGCUAUGAAGGCUGCCGUUGGCAACCAUGCCAUGUUCCAGUUCGUCUCUGAUGGUUCUCUGGCUAAUCUCACAGAUAUGCAACUCCAAGAGGUGAUGGCUGUCAGUGGAGCGCUAGGAGAAGACGAUAUGGAGGGAGGGAAGCAAGAGGAAUGCACAGCAGCAACACAACUCUCUGCUGAAAACACCGAAGCAGACCUUGUUGGCCUUCAUUCAUGAUAAUCAGCAAUACAGGGUCUGGGAGGGAGGGGGGAUGGGAAUAUAAUGUAAUUGCUUCUCCUAUAAUACAUGUUAUACAUGCAUCUAUGUGACAUAACUUAUGAAGAGGGGGUGGGGUCAAAGUUUUUGGUAUGGGAGCUUUUGUUCUUGUUUCUGUUGUAAGAAAUAUUUAUCCUGACCCCAUUUUCUGGGGGAAAUGUUUUUUUUUUUUUUUUUUCAAUUUCAUUUUAUGGAGUUUCCUGUUUAGUUAUGAAGAAAAAAAAUAAAGGCGAAAAUUUUGCAUAAAUGGGCAUUGUAUACUUGUUGCAGAGUUAAAGGUUUUCACAAAGCAUCUCUUUAAUUAUUAUAUUUAGACACCCAUGGCUUGUAUUCUGAGGUUAGGUACCAAAAUCCUUGCCUUUGAUUGGCUCAGUGGAUAGUUGUCAAUGAAACUCACUUUUUGUUUUACAGAGCAUCAUAUCGACUAUUAAUUAUUUGUAAAUAGUUGUAUAUAAAACUAAACUAUUUUGCCUUGUAUAUGAUGAUUUUGAAAGGAGCUUAAAUCCUAUAUGAAUAUAAUUUGUAAAUGAUGGAAACAAAAAUCAUUAAAAUAUUGAUAUUCUUUCCUA